GAAAUGGAAACUAUGUUUGAAAAGCUCUCGAAAGCUGAAGACUGCAAGUCUCUUCUCAAGAAGCAUUUAAGUAAAGAAGUUUUUGAUAAAUUAAAAGAUAAGAAGACAACUUUAGGAGGCACUUUAGCUGAUUGUAUACGAUCUGGAGUUGAAAAUCUGGAAAGUGGUGUCGGUAUCUAUGCUUGUGAUCCUGAAGCCUACACUGUGUUUGCUGAUGCAUUAGACCCAGUCAUUAAGGACUACCACAAAAUUCCAGACAAUAAAGCAAUCAAACACCCAGCCUGUGAUCUUGGUGAUCCAGAAAAACUAAAAUUUGAAGAUCUAGAUCCCGAGGGAAAGUUUGUUGUGUCUACCAGAGUACGAGUAGGACGAUCUCAUGAUAACUUUGGAUUCCCACCCAUACUUACCAAAGAGCAAAGAGAGGAUAUGGAGAAGAAAACGACUGAAGCAUUUGAUGGUUUACCAGAAGGACUAAAAGGAUCUUAUCAUCCAUUAGAGGGUAUGGACGCCGAUACUCAGAAACAACUCACUGAGGAUCAUUUCUUGUUCAAUGAUCAUGAUAGAUUCUUGAGAGCUGCAGGAGGGUACAAUGACUGGCCAACCGGAAGAGGUAUCUAUUUUAAUGAAGAGAAGAAUUUCUUAGUUUGGGUCAAUGAAGAAGAUCAUUUGAGAAUCAUUUCCAUGCAGAAAGGUGGCGAUUUAGGGGCUGUUUAUAAACGUCUUGUUACGGCAAUUAAAGCAUUGGAAAAGAAAUUGACGUUUGCUAGGAAUGACAGACUUGGUUUCUUGACGUUCUGUCCAACCAAUCUUGGUACCACUCUAAGAGCUAGUGUACAUGUUAAGAUCCCCAAUCUAGCUGCUCAACCCAACUUUAAAGAAGUGUGUGACAAAUAUAAUUUACAAGCUAGAGGCAUCCAUGGUGAACACACAGAAUCUGUCGGUGGUGUUUACGAUGUGUCCAAUAAAAGAAGAUUAGGAUUAACUGAAUUAGAAGCUGUUACGGAGAUGUACAAUGGAGUUAAAGAGAUUAUUAAACAAGAGAAAGAACUCUCAUGGAAACCCGAGUCUAUAGAAGAUAUGUAUGAACAUGUUUCUAAGGCUAAGAACUGUAAAUCCUUGAUGAAGAAAUAUUUCACUAAAGAUGUGAUGGAGAAACUCAAGGACAAGAAGACUAGUCAUGGUGCAACUUUAAUGGACUGUAUUUAUUCAGGAGUUAUGAAUCUAGACAGUGGUGUGGGAAUCUACGCAGCCGACCCUGAAUCUUAUACUGUAUUUGCCGAUAUUUUGGAUCCAGUUAUUAAGGAAUACCACAAACUGAAGCCAUCUGAUACUAUUACUCAUCCAGCUUUUGAUUUAGGAGAUAUUGAAAAUCUUCCUUUCCCUGAUCUCGAUCCAGAAGGGAAUAUGAUCGUCUCUACUCGUAUUCGUGUUGGUAGAAGUCAUAAAGAAUUUGCUUUCCCACCUGUUUUAACUAAAGAGGAUCGAGUAAAAAUGGAAAAAGUUUCUGUUGAUGCUUUAACUAGUCUAGGUGAUGAAUUGAAGGGAAAAUAUCAUCCUUUGGACGGAAUGAAUAAAGAAACUCAAGACCAGCUAACAGCAGAUCAUUUCUUGUUUAAUGAUCAUGACAGAUUUUUGAAGGCUGCAGGAGGGUACAAUGACUGGCCAACCGGAAGAGGUAUCUAUUUUAAUGAAGAGAAGAAUUUCUUAGUUUGGGUCAAUGAAGAAGAUCAUUUGAGAAUCAUUUCCAUGCAGAAAGGUGGCGAUUUAGGUGCUGUUUAUAAGAGAUUAGUCAAGGCUAUCAACGCUUUAAGUGAAAAGUUGAGUUUUGCUAGAGAAGAUCGUCUUGGAUUCCUGACCUUCUGUCCUAGUAAUUUGGGUACAACACUCAGAGCUAGUGUCCAUAUUAAAAUACCACAUUUGGCUGCCAAGAAAGAUUUUAAACAUAUCUGUGAUAAAUUGAAGCUUCAAGCUCGUGGUAUCCAUGGAGAACAUACAGAAUCUGUUGGUGGUGUUUACGAUAUCUCUAACAAGAGAAGACUUGGUAUCUCUGAAAUCGACGCCGUUAAGGAAAUGUACAAUGGUGUUCAAGAAAUUAUCCGAAUUGAAAAAGAUUUAGCAAGUGGUAAAGGAACAAAAUCUUCAUCAUGCACCGUUUUGUAACAAGGGAUGUAACUCUGUUUUUGCUCAGCUUUAAAUUUCAUGAUUUAUUUUAAUAUAAAACGUAAAUAUAACAUCAAAUCACAAAUUUCUUUUCGAAAUUUUUAUUUUUGUCCCAUUUUGUAUACUUUUGAAACUAUUUUGAAUAUUUGAUAAAUGGAAUUCCGAACAUUGUGUAUUUUUAUUGUCGAUUUCGUACAACUGUCAUUUUCUGGGAUCUUAUGAGCAUGAUACAAUUUGGUAUAAGAAAACGAACAAUCUAUUCAGUAUUAAUUUGAUUUUGGAGUAAGGUGCUUUUAUCACUCUAUUUCAUAUUAUAUAAUUGUGAGCUAUUGGAAGGGGAAAACAUUGUACAUAGAUUUUUAAAACUGAAAAAUUUGGCAAGCAUUUGAGCUUCAAUCUUGAUAUAUUUGAAUGUGAUAAACAUUAUAGCAUAGAUUUUUCACUUUCUCCGAGUAUCAAAUCUAAUAUACAGCCGUGUUUCUUUAAUGAGUACACAACUAAACUCAAGUCGGCAAAUGCUUGCCAAAUUUGAAAUAUUAUUCAACUAGGUGUUACUAUUAAUUGUAUAUAGAUAAUGUAUUUAUUAUUAUUAUUAUAGAUCUGUGUGAAAUAUUAUACCAAAGGCGUAUUUAUUCAUCUCGUCGUUCAAAUUUUGCAACCAUUCUCGACAAUAUAUCAAAAGCAGCAUUAAAUAUUGCCUUUUUCAAUAUCUUAUUGCUGGAUUGGUUGUAGAGUUAUGCGAGGACUGAAUACACCACAAUGUUGUAAUAAUGUUUAUUAUUUAUGCUAUUUAACUAUGUUUGGUGUUAAUAUACAAAUAUAUCUUAAAUACAUGUUAUGUCGAAAUAUAGUCGUAUGGCUUAAUCUCAUCAGCAUUAUGGACUUGCAAGCAGUAUUUUCUCGUAAGUUUAUGCAGAAAUGCAGCAUGGAAAUGCAUAACUUCAGCAUUAUGCAACGGUUAUAUUGUACACUUGUCUUUGAUACGCAUGCCUUUCAUAAACAGUUAAUAAAAUUUUUCAAUCUGGUA